AUAUUGAGUAUGAUAUCUUGUAACACAAUGCGAGAGGUCUCAUUGCUGUCAUUGAUUGAAUCUCUGCAACAGAAGUUGACCAAUGAGAAAGAUGCAGACGAGAGAUGCGAGGCGCUGCAAGAAAUAGGCGAACACAUUGUCGAGAGAGGAGCAAGUUACAGCGAACAGGAAGCUCAUUUUGUUUGCGAGUUCCUUGCAGCGAAAUUGGCAUCUGACUCAAUCCAAGUAAUUCCAGCAGUGUUGGAUUGCAGUGUGAAGUUGUUCGCAAACAAGAUUCCAAAUUCUGACAGUCAGUUGGCAUUAAAAGACGUAAUACGGGUUCUGAAAGCGUCUUUGGAUGAACUUUAUGUGCAAAGCUUCACACAGAGUACUCGCUUAAUGUCGUAUAAAUUAUGCAUUUUGGGACUGAAGUUAUUAUCCGACGAUUGGUCGUCGUAUAAAGGUCAGCAUGAAGAAGCCUUGAAGUUGCUGGGAGGUGCUGAGCAUGUUAUUCUGCAAGUUAUUAGAAUGGUUGAUGGCGAGAAAGAUCCAAGGAACCUUCUUCAUACGUUCCACCUAAUUCAAAUACUAGCCUCGUGGCGUCACUUACAAUCCCAUAUGUACGUUUUAAGCGAAGAGCUAUUCGAAGUAUUUUCCUGUUACUUUCCGAUCGAAUUCAGAAACGAAGAGGAGGAAAAACUGGACAAGGAAAUCGGAGUGUCCAGGUCAGAUUUGAAGACGGCUCUGAUGAAUUGUUUUAUGGCUACUGAUUUGUUUGCAGAACAUGCUAUUCCUUUCUUCCUGGAUAAGCUGACAGCUGAAGUUAUAUUGUGCAAAGUAGAUACAUUUGAAGCCCUCAAAAAAUGCACGAAAAAGUAUUUGCUGAGUCAAGACGAAAUGAAAUUUAUUGAGUAUUCCCAGCAGCUGUGGUUUGGCAUGUUUUCAGAACUGACCACUAGCGGAAACGAACUUGUGCUCAAAGAGUGUUAUGAAUACUUUGCUAGCUUUUUGGAAGUGAUUUUUGACAAAACUGUCAAAUCGGACGUGCAGAUUGAUGUCAUGAAAGUCAUUCUCAAAGAUACAACCAGACAUUUUGCCGGAGUCGGAACGAAGACGCACAAAUUGACAUUGUGUCUUUUUGUACAAUGCGUGCCUCAUGUUGCGACUUCAGAUGCUGACUUUGGCUUUUUCUUCGAAGAAGUUUUGGGAAGUAUCGUGAAAACGGCAGUGGAGUCAACUCAUCAAUUAAGCAAGUGUCUUCCUUCUAUCAACAAUCUUCUAGAAGCUCUUUCCAAAUACCCCCAAAUCAAAUUUCCAUCAGAAACUGAGGAAAAACUGAACCGUCUACUGUUUCUUCUGAUGGAAAUCUUUCAAUCAGCGAGCGAAAAAUUAACCUCGGAAGACCGAGUCAAAGAUUGUCUGACAGGGUUGACGCAUUUGGUGAAAUUUGACUUGAUAUCUAAAGCUGACGGGUUUCUCCUUGUUUGUUGGACUGUCAUGACUUCUGCUUAUUGGAAACUGAUGUCAAAUGAAGCGAAAUCUCAAAUGAACUUUCUUGAUCUUUAUUUGAACUUAUUUAAAGCUAUGUUGAAGAAUUGCAGUAACGAGACUUUGAAUCUAGCUUUUCAGCAGUUGGUGCAUCAGAAACAGAAUCUUUUGGAAUCGGGCGACAAAAGUAGAUCUCUAAUCGAUUUACAAUUUUACCUGAUAUUGAUGCAAUGUCCGUGUGAGUUUGUUGCAUCAUAUGGAAUGGCAUUGGAUUUGCAUCUGGACUGUUUGCAGCGCGUCUCUUUUACGCGAGAUAGUGAAAGAGCCAUUUGCAAAGAAGUUAGGGCAAGGACGGAACAGGAGGUCUUUUCAUUCUUUCAACACGGUGAACUAGUGUUUGUUAACCGCAUUGCCAAGAAAAUUCUGACGAAUUUCAAAAGCUGUAUUCAAGAAGAAUCACCUAAACUGGAAACUAGGUCGCAGUUUCUUUCUGAUUUGCUGCUGGUGUUAACACAGAAGCUCGAAAUUAACGAUUUUGACCAAGAGUUUCAAGAAAUUUCCGAGAAAGUUCUCUCCGAAAAAAGUGACUGCUUCAAUGAUACUAUUUUUUGCGCCUAUUGUCUAAGCGCAACGGAGAAAUCAUUAGCAAAGCAGAAUUGUAUCCCUUUUAUUCUGAGUAAUCACGAUAAGUUUUCAUCUCUUUUGCCUGUUCUGAUCAACCGAUGUGAAGAUCUAACACAAUAUAUGAGCUACCUUGAUAUGAUUGGCCGAGAAGACUUCAUCUUAAACGACCAAGCUAAAUGUUGCCAAUUGUUGAUGACGUGUCAUGCACUGAUUCGACGUGGAUAUUUGAAGCGACCAAUUACAAAAGCGCUUCUUGAGAAAUAUUUGGGAUCUUUGGAUGAUGGUAUGGGAAACUAUUUAGCAACUAAUUCUUCGAUGCUCGUUAAUGGUUUUGAUGAAGAAAGAGCUGUCAAACUGAAAUUGAAAACUAGGCCGAUGUUUGUGCAACAACUGGCCUAUGAAUUGGUGCCCCAAAUUUUGGAUUUGAAAACCCGGGUCUCACACGACGAUGACCCUGCACAGGGUAACUGGAUUCUAUGUCUAAUGUCGUUUCUUCAAUGUCUUCCGGAUACUAUCAUGGCAACGGUUACAUCAUCGGCGAACCGAAACAAACAACACAGCCUCAUGCAAAUCAUCUUAUCCGCUAUCAAACUAAAACGAGCUCACGAUUCAACGGAUAAAACCUAUAAUGAUGUGAUUAUAUGUGCACUGAGUUUGCUGAGCUCUUCGAUGCAAUUUGACAACGAAGACGUUGUCCAAGGAAUUCAUGCCGAGUUACUGAGUCUUUCCAAAGAAGGAAAUGACGUGUCAGUGCGCGUGAAAAGUUUGAAGUGUCUAGCUAAAGUUGGAAAAGAACAAGGGAGUUGCAAAGACUGGCUAAAAAGUGAUGUUAAACGAAAAACUAAACGAACUGUAGAUGCUUGUUUAGAUGACAGGAAGCGCGUAGUGAGACGUGAAGCAGUCACGUGUAAAACGGCCUGGGAUAAUUUUGGAUUGUAAUUUUAAUUUUAACUCGAAAUUUAGUUUCCGGAAAAAUAUUUAAUAUUGAUUUAAUAAUUUUCUGAUACCAUAAUUGUUUACUAAAAGAAACAAUGUUCGUUGAUAGAACCUUUUGUUUCUCUUAGUAAUUAAAUUAAAGCAUAAGUCUCAUACUAGAUCUGUUGGCUUUGUCCCAAUGCUGUCUGCUUUUCAAGCUUUUAUGUUAGCUUGAUUGGGUCUUUUGCACUAAACGGCCCAAAAUCAAUUUUUCUACAUCGUAAGCUGGAAAUUAUGCGAUCAAAUUUGAUAGGGUAAUUUUAGCCAAUCAAAUUCAAGUUACAUGGUCAGGCAUUCCUAGCAGAUAAAAAUAU